UUUUAUUAUGUAGUAUGAUAAGCUCAUCAUUUUUUUUAAAUUGCGUAACAGGGUCCGGAUAUUUUGGAUCACUGCCUACUUUAAGAUUUAGAUUAUUUUGUUAGUUGUUAAUCGAUUGAUGGAAUACAUGUCUGUACAGACAGUCUUGGUAUUGCCAUUUUCUUUGUAUUUCCCAGUGUUGUCUUGGGGCACAACGAGGGUACAGUAUGGUGUAUUGUGUUAUUGCUAGACACACUUUUUUGACUUAUUGUUAGGUAGGGCAGCGUUGCAAAGGCUACAAUUCUUUUGAAUACAUUUGCCUAAUAUGUCAUUAUAGUCGACCUACUGAUACUGGUAAAUUGUCGGGUAUUUACGAGUAGGAAUGCAUGCGAAACUGAAUAGCAAGUUACACUUCAACAAUGUUGUUGUGUAAGGCUAAAUAGGUCAGUUUUCUAGGCAACUGCGGAAAAUUACAGAGGUUGAAAAUUGUGACGCAGUUCUGUAAAAUAUAUUUCUAUGCUUGCUGCGAUAUAUCUUACCAAAUGUGCGUUAACUUGCCUAUAUCAUUUGUUGCAAGAGAACUAGAAUGUACUCGUAUACCCUAUUCUCUAGGAUAUAACAUUUUUGUAACAAUAUAACAUGCAUUCAUCAGUUGGGGUGUCAGGAGAAGGGUGCUGAAUGAAAUUAUUAUUUUGUUUGCCUGGGAAUUGUAGUCCUAUUCCACGUAAUACUCAUCAGGAUUUUAAAGCCUUGGUCCAGGAAGUGGACUACAACAACCAUGUCUCCGUGUACUCUCCAGAUACUUUGUAAACUCUGUGCAAGUUGUGCGUAGCACUGCUAUUUUAGGUAGGCUAUGCAGCUAGUUCUGUGAUGGCUUUCGGCCUUUCGCUGAUAUAUAUAUCCUGAGCAUUUUCACUAUGGAAACGAAAUAAAAACUAAGAUGACACAUUGGGAAUGUAAAUGAGAGAAUGUUUCUAUUUGGAUAGGUUGGAGCACAGUGAUAAAAUCAAAAUCGACAACUCUACUUUCUGUUAACUAUGAUCUACAUGUUUCUAAUGAAUAGUACGUUACUCUGCAGUUAUGGCCGUGAUCUGAAUGCAGCUGCAUUCUCUUGGCUUUCGUUUAAUGUAUUAGUAUUGCAUUAAUGUAUUCCCUUCCUCUCUGGUUUGUGCCUUCUGUGAGAGAAUUAAGGCUACUAUAACUGCUGUGUCAGCAUAACAAAUAUGAUUUUUACUGGUCCCAAAUACCCCCCUUUCUUCCUGUUUUUAUGGAUUUAUAGUCGUUUUAUCCUCAUCCCACCUGUUUUAAUGAAACGUCAUGAAGAUGGUGCUACAUACUUAUUUCCACAGCCAUUAUGAUUUGGUUAAAUGUACACUUGACCCUGUUUGUCAUACGAAGUGUAGUGAUUCAGGUUGACUAUGGGCAGCAGAUGGUGAGCUUUCAGUGCCCGGGGACACAAGAGAAUUAACAUGCAUAUUAUUAUGUCAUGGCAAGACUGGUGGAUCUUUGUGAAAAGAUAGGCAGAUUUUCAGCUGAACUCCCAUUUGUCUACACUGGCCAGCAUUCACAAAAUCUACCACACCCUGCACAAGCUGAACCUGACGGAAGACGUUAAACAGGACGGUCACUCCACAGCUUGCUGCUCCAGAGCUAUGCCUCCUAGGAAAAAGAGGAGACCUACUGCUGGAGAUGACCUGUCAGCCAAGAAGAGUCGCCAGGAAAGUGUAUUUAGAAAACAUGAAGCACCACAGAUCCGAGAGGAGGAGACCUUUUCCAGUAAAAGAUGUCUGGAGUGGUUCUACGAGUAUGCAGGUGAGACACAAGGCUGUGAUGAUGUGGUUGGGCCAGAGGGAAUGGAGAAGUUCUGUGAAGACAUCGGAGUUGAACCAGAGAAUGUGGUGAUGCUGGUUUUGGCCUGGAAGCUUGAUGCCCAGAGUAUGGGCUACUUCACCCUACAGGAGUGGUUGAAAGGCAUGGGUUCCCUUCAAUGUGACUGCACUGAGAGGUUGAGGAACUCGCUAGACUACCUGAGGUCGGUCCUAAAUGACACCAACAACUUUAAGCUCAUUUAUAGAUACGCCUUUGAUUUUGCACGGGAAAAGGACCAGAGGAGCUUAGACCUUAACACAGCCAAGUGCAUGCUGGGGCUUCUCCUAGGAAAGACAUGGCCACUGUUUCCUGUGUUUAAUCAGUUUCUUGAGCAAUCCAAGUACAAGGUCAUCAACAAAGACCAGUGGUGCAAUGUUUUAGAGUUUAGCAGGACAAUCAACCUGGACCUCAGUAACUAUGACGAGGAUGGAGCCUGGCCGGUGCUGCUGGAUGAGUUUGUGGAAUGGAACAAAGAAAGAGAAAUGUCAUAGCAAUAGGUACACUGCAACAAACGCCAACAGAACAACAUUAUAAUCGACGAUAACAACAAUGGCUAUGAGAAAAUAAAAGAAACAAACAGUAUAAAAUGGAAGAGGGUGCAUGUCAGCGAUGACAGGGGGUGCUUCCAGGUAACGAUAGCAGUGUGGUUUUGGCCUGGGGGGGGGGGGGUAGGGUCCAAAACUGGGCGUAAGUUGCCCGGCCGAGUUUGGGAUGUAGGUAAUUACUGGCCGCCAUGGAGACACCAACCCUCUCCGGGUAACGUUCCCUACCCAUGUUGAAUUGUGGGCAAGCACACGGCGAGCCCCUGUGGCAUGCGCCUCCUCACUGUGACGUGUCAUAUUGCUGUGUGAUAGGAUAACGUGUUCUCAUGAGUGGCUGACAUAGGCUAAACUGGUUUUUCUGUGAGUUAGAGAUCCGGUCUUUAACCCCUUGCUACCGUAAGAAGGAAUAAACCCAAGAAGAUUUCUCAAUUAUGAACUGUCGGUCUUAAAAACACAUUUCAAAUACUAAAUAUCUGAACUUUGAACUUGAUCUGUGCUUUGUAACCUACAGAACCCGUAGUUGCUAUCAGUUGUUUCCUGUUGGGGUUAAAUUGGGUCUCUUGUAGUUGUAGAAGCACACAGUGUCAAAUGGCUGUGUUACAGUAGUUCUUUUGUAACUGAGGCUGCUGUGAAAGGUGGAUAACGACACCUUUGCUGUCAUGAGGUAAUUUGUGCCAGUGAUUUUUUUUAUUUUUCCUCCAACGGUUUUCAUCCCCACGCUCACCACAAUACCAGCCUGUGCUAAAACAUAUAUGUAAGCCCCCUGCAAAAACCUUCAGUUGUCCUCCAAUCACAACAACUAACUAAUCAAGCGGGCUGCUUGUUGACUCUUAUUAGUGCAGUGGUCAGUUGUAAGUGGAGGGGCCAGCAUUCAUUGGUUAUGUGACCAAUCUAUGUUUCUAAGCUGUAGGUUUGUACUAGGAUUUUUCUGUGCCUCAAAAAUAAAUGUAUGGAAGUCACUUUACUUGACACACACACGCACACACACACACGCACACACACACAGUGGUCAGGGAUACAUUCAGGAUCAAAACAGACCUUUAGGCCUCGUCUGCAAGUUAAAAUAGAGGUACAUUUCUAUUUUAUCUUGAUAUAUGGCAUAUAGCUUUGGUCUUGUCUUCCUUUGUCCACUGAUCGUAUCCAGCUUCAAUGCCUAUUAUUAACUUGCCUCUCUCUCCCCAGUACUGACAGUGUUAUAAUUGGAAGACUGUAUAAGGCCUUUCAGACUAUGUAGGAGAGGUUUUUUCUGUACAAUAAGGGGAAAUCCAAUCCCAGCAUGCAUGCAUCGCCAUGUAUCUUUUGAGAGGUUUCAAAACCAUGGACAUUGGAAGAGUUAGAAUUACAAGUCUGUGAUGCUAUGCUGUUCUUUUGCCUAGCGUAGGCUAAUGUUCUUGUAACACAUGUAAACUUUUGUCUCUGGCUGUGAUGUGAUGCUCAAUUGUCAUGAGAGUGAAACUAUGCAUGCACACUCUCCGUCAGAGCCAUCUGUGAAUGGAUGAGGUUUGUUUUGGAAAACUUGUUUUACUGUUGUUGUUUUUUUCGUACAGAAAUUUGUGCAAGUGUUUUUGUGCUUUAUUUGAUAUCCUCGGUCAUGUUGUCUUAACGCUUUAUGAAAACCAUGACUGUGUUUAUUCAGAGCUGAAACACCUAUAACCUCAUUUGGGGAGACAAGUUCCCUCCUGCAUUUGCCCAACCCCUCCUUUCUAACACAAACCCACACACACUAAAAAGUAACAAAGGAACCACACUGUCAGUCUCCGGUACAAAUGGACAUGAAAUGAAUUUCACAAAUGGAGACAGGUUGAAGGAUAAUGUGCUCAGUGUUGAAUGUGUGGUGUAAGAAUGGUAUCAGGUCUUAUGACAUGCCAAUCAUUGAUUGGUCCAAUCCAGUGGUCUCUAAACUAAAACAUGUACAGUAAAUGGUUCAAUUUCUAAAGUAAAAGGAUCACAUGAUUCUUCCACCUGUCAGUAAUCCAUGAUGUCAUUUGUGUAUUUGUGUAUAUUAGGUUUGGGUAGACUGAGUUAGUUGCUGAACUCCUCACUAAUCAUUUGUACAGAGUAAUUCAGAUGGUAUUCUUAAGUGGAAAUGCAGGAGGAGAAAUAACUUUGUCCUUACUGUAUAUAUGUAUGUACAGUAUGUGUAUGUGUGUUUUCACUGUAACCUCUCUCUAUACAUAUAAAGGGGUUUAUUAACUUAC